GCAAAGGCAACAUGGACCUCAUGCUUCUCUGCCUGCUUCUACCACUGCUGAUGGUAGCCAAGGGCCAGUAUGGGGACUACCGGUAUCAAUAUCAUGACUAUGGUGAUGAAGGCUGGGUGAAUCUGAACCGACAAGGCUUCAGUUUUCAGUGUCCCCACGGGCAGGUGGUGGUGGCUGUGAGAAGCAUCUUCAGUAAGAAGGAAGGUUCCGACAGGCAGUGGAACUAUGCCUGCCUGCCCACCCCCCAGAGUCUUGGGGAGCCGACAGAAUGCUGGUGGGAGGAAAUCAACAGGGCUGGAAUGGAAUGGUAUCAGACAUGCUCCAGCAAUGGUCUUGUGGCUGGGUUCCAGAGCCGCUACUUUGAAUCAGUCCUAGACCGAGAGUGGCAGUUUUACUGUUGCCGCUACAGCAAGAGGUGCCCAUAUUCCUGUUGGUUGACAACUGAAUACCCAGGACACUAUGGUGAGGAAAUAGACAUGAUCUCCUACAAUUAUGAAUAUUACAUGCGGGGAGCGACAACCACAUUCUCAGCAGUGGAAAGGGAUCGUCAGUGGAAGUUCAUAAUGUGUCGGAUGACAGACUAUGACUGUGAAUUUGAAAAUGUUUAGAAUGUAACUUACCAAAGCUGGUUGGAGAGUCAAGGACUGGGGAGAGAGCUAGAGGCAUUUCUAUUCAUCAACAGACCAGCAGGAUCUCUUGCAGAAGGAACUGGUCUUCUCUCUUUCUGUCCCAGAGUUAUUGACUAUCACAUCAGCCCAUUUGGCCUUUCUGCCUAGUACCAUCAUACCCAUAUGUUUCACUAAGUCUCCUUUCUCAUUGUUUAUGCUUUGGUUAGAGACCAUCUCCUAUAUCUGUCGAUGGCUUCCUGUGUUAUAUCAUGUAUGUAUUACAUCUGCUCCCUCUGCUCCAAAAGAGUCUAGUUUUGUAAAGGAUCUGUCAUAAAUGUGCCAUUGUCAGCAAAUAAUUAAUAUAAAGGACUAUGGUGUAAGAUGAAUACAGGGGCAGAGGGUUCAAGGUGGAGGAAGAGGAAAUGCCCAUCUGAUUGUCAUCUAUUUGAAUCAAACGUUGUUUCCUAACUCUAUCCUAACCAAGAAUGUCUUCUUGCCAUGUAACACAUGGGGGUAUUUGAAUUGUGUGAUCUGGUAGUGAGGAGAGUGGGGAGGAAAUCAGGGGGAGGAUCAAGGGUUUGAAGAAAGAAGGGGAGGAGAGUUUGCUAAAAUAAUUCCCUGUCCUUGAGAGAGAUGAAUCAUUAUGCCUGCUGAUGAAAAUGAUGUGUGUGUGUGUGUGUGUGUGAGUGAGAGAGAGAGAGAGAGAGAGAGAGAGAGAGAGAGAGAGAGAGAGAGAGAGAAUAUGUGUUGGAAGGGCAAAUGGGAAUCAGACUGAGGGAGGAAAAAAAAGAUAUAGUUGAUUAAGAAAAUGUACAGGGAAAAGAAAUUAAAGAGAGAGAACUUGACAAUUGUGAUAAGUUUGGAAUUCUGGGGGAAUAAGCAGAGGGUUCUGACCAUCUCCACUACCAGUGUUCAUUCCAAUAAAGGUGGAAGGAGAAAUGUGAAUAGUCAAGAGGACAUGGAAGGGCACAUGGUCAGGAAAUAUUCCUAUGACAGUUGCCUUACUAACCUGGUUCCCUGGGAAACUUUCCAUUUACCCUUUCCCUGUAGAGUUUAGGAUUCCUUGACAAAAGAAAGGCAGUAGAUAUGGGAAAUGUUCCAAUUCCUCCAUCUACAGCCCAGCCCCACCUCAUGACACCUUCAAUGCCUAUCACUUGGCACAAGGAUAAAGACCAUAAACAGAAUAAACAAACUAACUAAAUAAAAAAUACACUAUUUUAUAAGUAGUCAGUGUCUUUUUGUGAUUUCCACAAAAUUUCCUUCCCAGUCUUAUUUAACUCAUUCUUUAAAAAAAAUUAACUCUUUCUUUUUUGCCAUCUCCCUCCACUUUGCUAAAUGGCCUUUGCUCUUUCUUUUGCUAGAGAGUCACCCCCCCACCCUUUUUUUGCCUUGUGCUGUUCUUUCUUCUUUCUCUUUCCCAAAAGUUCCAGAGGGAUGGAAACAAGGGGGAAAGCCACAGAAAUCUAUCAUUAUCCUGUGUGCCUUCUAUAAAAUAAGAUAUUGAGGUUCUGAUCAGAUUUUCAGAGAAGCCUGAAAAAGUCAAUUCAAAUGGAGACAAAUGGAGAAGCUCUAACAAAGCUUAUUAGUUAGUAGGAAUGUGAGCCCUUGGGUGCAGCUAGGUGGCUCAAUGGAUAGAGCACUGGCCCUGGAGUCAAGAGGACCUGUGUUCAAAUCUGACCUCAGACACUUAAUACUUACUAACUUACUUAAUACUUACUAACUGUGUGACCCUGGGCAAGUCACUUAACCCCAAUUGCCUUAAAAAAAACAAAACCCAAGAAUGUAAGCCCCUUGAGGGCAGGAACUUUCACCUUUGUAUCUGUAUUGCAUUAUCAUUAUAGUAAUCAUCAUUAAUAAUAAUAGCUAAUGUUUAUAUAGCAUUUUAAGGUUUGCAAAGUAUUUUACAUAUGUUAAAACCUUUGUUCUUACAUAGUUUCUAAUGUAGUGGGUACUUAAUAAAUGCUUUUUGAAUUAUUAAUUAUUAUUAUUAAUUAAAUGCUUGAUUAGUUAUAACCUCAGACUCCUAAGUCUUCAACCAGGGCAUCUUUUUUAGAAUGAACUAGAGUUAGCAGGAAAAAACACUAUCCUUAUUUGCCUUAAACUCCAGAACAGUGACUUCUCCACCCCAUUCUUCCUUUUCUUCCUGCUGGAGAUUUUAAUUUGCAACAAAAGAACUCAGUGUGUUGUCCUUCACAAAAGAAACCAUUAAUAUUUCAGAAACUGCAGCACUGGUUCAGUCCCAGAUCCAGGAAAUGGCCCCAGAUUGGGGGUGGGGGGGUGGGAGGGACCCAGCUGGAGACUGAGACAAAUAAUACUGAUUGGCUGACUUGACAAUCCCCAGGAAAAGGCAAGGCUAAUGAAAAAUGCUGGAGCACACAGCUGGAGCAAGGCUGGCAGAGCUUGUACAAGAAUAUUCAGGGCAGGAAAGGACAGAUAAAGUCCCAUGACAAGAGGUGCCAAGUAGAGUCAAGGGGGAAAUGCCUUCCUGAAGUAGAAUGGCUGGUCUGCAAAGAGGCUGAUGAAGCUAAGAACGAACUGACUCCUUGGUUUGAGGCCAAGAAGCAUAUGCCCUUUGUUACAUACUCAACUCAACAAAUAAGUAAUGAAUACUUAACGUGAGCUGAACCCAUUUGGCAAAGUGCUUGACGGUCCCUGUUGUUUUCUGAGGUAUUGGAGUCUAAGGAUGAACUAGGAGGCUGGAAUUCUCCAGAUCUGGGUUCUAAUCUUGGAUCUUCCUGCAACAAACUGUGUAACCUUAAAUGAGUCAAGCCUCUCUGGGUCAAAGUUCCUUGCCCUACCUGCUUCAUGCCAUAAUUAUGGGAAAUAUAGUGAAAAGAAAAGGGCUUCUAGAAAAUGAAAAGCAAUUUACAGAUAUUAUUCCAUGUAACAGCCUUGAGAAGUUGGGCUUUGUUAUCAUACCUCCACAAACCGAGAAAGGAGCAUUUGAGUUCUAUCUAGGUACAAAGCUAGAGGGAAGCAUGGAAUACUUGGAUACUAAAACCAGAUACAGAAUCAUCAAGACCUGGGCUCAAAUUCUGC